CACUCUAACCACGCAUGCGCGGCUCCAGCCCCAGCAGUGUCUCCUGUCAGUGUCCAUCAAUGCCAGCUGUCAGUGCUCAUCAUUGCCACCUGCCAGUGCCACAUCAAUGCCACAUAUCAGUGCCUACCAAUGCACAUCAAUGCCACAUAUCAGUGCCCAUCUGAGCUGCCUUUCAGUGUCACCUAUCAGUGCCAGUCAGUACCUCCUAUCAAUGCCAGUCAGUGCUGCCAAUCAGUGCCACCUAUCAAUGCCAGUCAAUACCGCCUAUCAGUGCUAGUCAGUGCCACCUAUCAGUGCCUGUCAGUGCCGCCUAUCAGUGCCUGUCAGUGAUGCCUAUCAGUGCCGCCUAACAGUGCCAGUCAGUGCCACCUAACAGUGCCAGUCAGUGCUGCCUAUCAGUGCUAGUCAGUGCCGCCUAUCAGUGCCACCUAUCAGUGCUGCCUAUCAGUGCCAUAUAUGAGUGCCGCCUUUCAGUACUGAUCAGUGAUGCCUGUCAAUGCCCAUUGGUGCCACAUACCAGUGCCUCCUCGUCAGUGCCCAUCAGUGCCCACCUAUCAGUGCCUAUCAGUGUAGCGUAUCAGUGCCCAUCACUGCAGCUUCAUUAGCACACAUCAGUGAAGGAGAAAAAUAACUUAUUUACAAAAUAAAUUUUUUAACAACAAAAACUAAAAAAAACUUUUUUUUUUUUCAAAAUUUUUUUAGUUUUUUUUUUGGUUUGUUUAGCAAAAAAUAA